AUGCUAGAUGUGAAUAGUAUUGAUGUGAACACCACUAUAGGGGUAGUGAGGGGUCGGACACUACAUGUGUUGAACACAAAUGUGGACCAAUUUCUGGGCAUUCCUUACGCCGAACCCCCGGUCGGCAAACAUAGGUUCGCAAAACCCAAACCCAUUUCUAAACCAUUUCCAGAAAUAAUAGAUGCGACAAAACCAAAGAAUGCAUGCAUACAACCCGUGCAUAUCAUGCCAAUCAUUCCGAGCACAGGUAUGAGUGAAGACUGUCUGGUGCUUAACAUAUGGACAACAAAUACCACAGCAUUAAAGCCAGUGAUGUUUUGGAUAUAUGGCGGGGCUCUUAAUAUUGGGACUAUAUUUCAAGAGUGGUAUAACGGGAGCGCUUUGGCCACACGUGAUGUUGUGGUUGUGUCCGUCAACUAUAGGGUCGGGCCGUUUGGGUUCCUAUACGGGGAUCGGGAGGACGCGCCCGGAAAUGUCGGCUUUUAUGACCAGUUGUUAGGCUUGAAAUGGGUUAGAGAAAACAUACAUCUAUUUGGCGGAGAUAAGAAUCAGAUCACCAUUUUUGGUGAGAGCGCCGGGAGUUGGUCGGUGUCCGCACACAUACUCUCCCCGCUAUCCAAAGGCCUAUUCAAGAGGGCUAUUAUGCAAAGCGGAGCCCAAUUUUACAACAAUAAAGAAGUAGUCAACAAAACUGAGGCCUUAUCUCAGGCCAAAGCAAUUGCCAAAGGAUUGAAAUGCAAUGAAACCGAGGAUUGGAUACAAUGUCUGCGAAGAGCGGAUCCCAAAGAUAUACUCAAAUACGAGAACCCAAUCGCCACUUACCCGACGUUUGGCACAGAGUUUCUGCCCAUUAGAGCACAAACCGCUUUCAAUACGAAAAAAUUUAAUACAGAUGUUGAUUUAAUCGCUGGCAUAACACGCAAUGAGGGCUCAACGUUUAUUAUAGUUGUGAUUCAUGACCUUGUUCAUAUAAUAAAUAUGAAUAUCACGGACUUUCAUACCGCGGUGAACGCACUCGACUCAAUCGGUUAUCAUAACGUAAAUGUACCAAAAGUGACGGAAUACUACCUGAAAGGUGUCAACACUAGCGAUAGUCUGGCACUUCGCACGGCCUUAGGCUCACUAAUAGGUGACCUAAUACUCGGUUGUCCGACAUAUCUGUUCGCCAAACGGUUCGCACAAACUGUCAAAGAGUCGCAAAGGGUUUACUUUUACGAGUUGUUGUACGGAAGCGAUAAGUUUGCAACGCGUUAUGGUUGCGAUAUAAAGACCAUGGGCAUUUGUCAUACGCUAGAUAUACCAUUUGUCUUUGGUCUCCCACUUCUUAAACCCGAUGAUUUUAGUCCCGAAGAUAUCUAUUACAGUAAUGUUGUAAUGAAAAUGUGGACAAAGUUUGCUACCGAUGGUCAUAUGGACUCUGAUUGGCCGCAACUGUUAAACGAUGAGCCGAUGGGUGCGCCCAAAGUCCACGGUUUGGAUCCCAAAGACCUGAGCCUAGUAUUGAAAGACCCGUUUCAUGAAACUUGUGAUGGCGUGUGGGCCGACUACUUCCUAUAA